AUGCAACAUUUACCUCAAAAAGCUAUACAGGCAUUAAAAGAUCGUGGUCACACCGGUUCUUUUAAACUUUCAGGUUCAAAAUUAUACUUUGAUAAUGGUAAAAUUUUCCUCUUUAAAUCAGCUUCUAGAUCAUCAGCAGAGCAAUUGAUCGGUGAAGCUAAGUCUUUGGCUGAUAUGUCAACUGCCUUACCAGGAAUUUGUCCUGAAUUGAUUGAUACAUCUGAUCAAGAUGACGCAACCUUCUACAUGAUUACAGAAUGGCACGACUUAGGUAGUCUUUCUACUGAACAAAUUAAGCGCUUUGGUAAAGACUUGGCACGAAUGCAUCUUGAAAGCAAUGAAACAAAUGGUCGAUUCGGUUAUGAUAUACCAACAUAUUGUGGCCAUACUCGUUUUAAGAAUCAAUGGAAUAAAAGUUGGAUCGAUUUCUUGAAUAAUGACAGAUUCGGUUAUCUACUAGAAGAAAUUUGUGGCAGCAAUGGUAGAGGUGAUAAAGAGCUCUGGCAAUUAGGUCAAACUCUUAGAGAUAAAACUGUACCUGCAUUAUUAUCAAAAGUUGAUGUAAAACCUUCUUUACUUCAAGGUGAUCUAUGGGCUGGUAACGCUUCAUACUCUCAUACUACAAAAAGACCUAUCACUUAUGACGCUUGCUGCUUCUAUGGACAUAAUGAGGCAGAAUUAGGAAUAGCUGUUAUGUUUGGUGGAUUCGGUUCUCCAUUUUUUGAAGCUUAUCAUUCAGUUUAUCCGAAAGCUGAGCCUGUUGAAGAGUACGGUCAAAGACUUAAGCUGUAUGAACUAAUACAUCAUUUGAACCAUUAUGCUAUUUUUGGAGGAAUGUAUAGGAAUGGCGCAGUUAGUAUCAUGAAAAGCUUAAACAAAUAUGUUGAAUCAAAAGAAAAUUGA